AUGGUGAAACUGUCCGGUUCUGGUGCUUAUCUCGGGGAUGAACGAAAGAGCAUUAGGACCCAACAAAUGAGUCUCAUCUACAAGCUAAAGACAUUCAACGAAGAGUUACUACUUCGCAAGAGCAAAGAUAUCAUGAACAUGGACAUGUUAUCAGAUGUGCAUCCCGAUGCAACACACGUUGUAGUAGGUAUCGAUUGGGGAGCUCAGUGUUCAAUAAUGUGCGAGAAUGAGAAUACUGAUAAUGAUGAUGUGACAAGAGUUAGGGGGGAAAUGCGGGCAGAACUAGACGAAAUUCAAGAGGCUUUCGAAUCAGAAGGAUGGCAACUUGUUGAUUUCAGAGAUGAGGGAAGAAGGGAAACGACGGAGUUCAGUUUUAAAUGUUGGGCCGAUGUGUCAUCUUCAGAUAGAGCUCCCCCUGUCACACAUGCAGAGGCACUUGAUCUUGCAAAUUCCUUCCAUGAACUUGCGAAAACAAACAAUGAUGGUAAAGGUGUCCCUGUCACAUAUUUUCUCAUGCCUCUUGACACUAUCAGGAAAAGAUAUAGUCACAACGGUGCCUUCAGAGUAUUAUUCAAUGAAAUUGGUGAGGAGUUUUCCGCAAAGAUUGUGGAAACUUUGGAAAAAGUAAGAGAAAAGCGCCAAAGAGUAUAUGAUAUCCGUCACGAUAUGAAUAGAAAUCAUGAAUUCAUUUCUAACAAAGUGCUUGCGAAAAUAUAUCAUCUUUGGGAGGAAGUCUGUAAGGAAGAAUUUCAAUUUAAAUCUGAUUUUCGAAAAUUAGUGGAAAAUGUGCGAUCCGGGGAUGAUGAACUGAGUGUCUUUGACAAAUUCUUUGAAAAUUUGAAAGAUAAAGACCUGUCCGCUUCAAAAUACGAAGAAGAAUUUGAACCCUACCUGAGGAAAGCCGGACUACUGAGGCCGUUGAUAGGAAAAGGAGUCAAGUACAUAGGUAGCCAAGAUAAUACCAUGACAAUAGGUAAAGAGUGCACCUUUGUUUUCUAUAUCGCUCAAGGCCACAAUGAGAAGGAUAGGGGUGUUUUCGAAAGAAAUUACCGUUACUUUGUGCACCUUUUGUCCUCAUAUUCUGACAGGGGAACUUGUCAAUUUACUGUAGUAGACAAGGAAAUCGUCUCUAUAGGUAUCUGGCCAGACAGCUUAAAAGAAACAAAAAUAGAAAAGUACGUAAAUGGUACACGUACAUCUAAGGACCUCUAUGAGGAAGAGGGUGUUUACCUUUCAGAGUGCAUGCUUCAAGUUGAGAAUCCAAACCCUCGGUUUGCCUUGCCAAAGAAGCGUACAUAUGUCAAAUUGCGAUGCCCUGAUGCUCUUUGCGGAAACGGGGAUUGCGCUGGUGACCCUUCCAAAUGGAAGUGCUCGACGUGUAAACAGUAUGUCGAGUAUGGCACAUCUUCCCGGCAGUUUUACUGCAGAUGUGGAAAGUCAAAUCCCGAAAUUUCACAAUUUCGCUGCAACGACGAACAUCAUGGUAUGCUAUUUAUGAAGUAUGAAAAAACUAUCUUGAAUGAAGAACUGUCCAAUCUUAAACCUAUGGAAGAAGUGAAUAUUCUUAUUCUUGGUGAAACAGGAGUAGGGAAAUCCACUUGGAUCAAUGGAAUUCAAAACUAUUUGUCCUUUGACAACUUGGCUAAGGCUAUGGAGUCUGAUGAGUUUCCCGUCUUGAUUCCUUCCUCUUUCACCUUAACAAAAGACGGUGUACAGAAGGAUAUUAAGAUAGGGAUUGGAGAUUCCAAUGAGGUACAGGAAGCUGGAAAAUCAGCAACUAAGGAGCCGCGUUCAUAUGUAUUCACUAUUGGUGAAAGACGAUAUCGUUUGAUAGACACACCAGGUAUAGGGGAUUCUGGUGGUAUCAAACAGGACGAACAGAAUAUGGACAAUAUUUUGUCUUUCCUUACAAACUUCUCCAAGAUAGAUGCGAUAUGCAUACUUCUAAAGCCAAACAAUGCCAGACUGACUACAUUGUUCCGAUUUUGCAUCCAAGAGCUGCUAGUUCAGUUACACAAUUCAGCCAAGAACAACAUUGUAUUCUGUUUUACGAAUGCUCGGCAGACUUUUUACCAGCCAGGCGAUACAUUGCCUGCUCUUAAUGCAGAGCUUGAAAAGAAAAAUGUUGGGAUAGAAGCAACAAAAGACAAAUGCUUUUGUUUUGAUAAUGAGCCAUUUCGAUUUCUUGCAUGCGUGAAAAAUGGCAUAAAGUUCGAUGAAGAAGAUAUUGCUACCUAUUCUUCCAGUUGGAAUAAGUCAGUUGGGCAAACGAUUCGUCUCAUUGAGUACAUUGAUCACAAGCUAACGCCACAUAAGGUUGCAGAUACAUUGGGCAUGAAUGAAGCCCGAAGAAUUAUAAUCGCCAUGAGCAAACCCUUGGCACAGGUAGCUAAGACAAUUAAUAACAAUCUUGAGGUAGCAAGGGCCGCCAAAGAAAACAUUUUGAAAGCGGACAAUGAGAUUAAGUCUUUGAGAGAUGACCUCAAUUUCACCGGAUUUGAACUGGAACGAAUUGAACUUGAUUUCCCCAGGACAGUAUGUGCCGCACCUGAAUGUAUCAAGUAUGUCAUGUUAUUGGCGUAA